AUGAGGGUUGGCUACGCCAAUGGCUCGACGUCUGGUCCUUGCGGUACUGAUGAUAGCAAUGCCAGGGGCGCCCACUUCGCGGCCGAAGUAAUGGAUCCUGCUGGUUUCGCUCUAGUGAAUGCUCUACACAGCCAUGACGACUUUCAGCUACCACGAGACUGGCCGAGUGAGACGGUGUGGAAAGCGACAGACAGGUCCACGCACUGGUCGCGCAGGUGCGCUAGGUGGAGGGAGCUGGAUCUAAUCUACUUGCCUGGUUGUGACUGUCCCAAGGUUCGUUCCUGCGGGACCUUCUCGUCGUGUUUAGAGCUUGACCACAGACACAAACUAAUCUCGCUGGAUGUCGAGGAGCAAUACCAGUACUCGAAUAGAACUGAGCAGAAGCGAUCUGAAGACGAGGAGACUAGGAAGGCGAAACUAGAUCAGCGGGACAGGAACGCAGCCCCACUGUGGCGUGCCACUGACGAAGAGAAAGAGAGGUACUCGGCCGAGAUUGUCCGUAGGUAUGAGGAGAAGGAGGCUGAGGUGAGUGAAAGUGGUGGCUCAGUGACUCUGAUAGACUUAGUGGAGACCAUUAAGGCGGCCUCACCUAUUGUCCAGGCCUCUGCCGACCUCCAACUACAGAAGUAUAACCGAUCACAUGACUACCGCACGCGACGCAAGCUGCAGGACAGGAUACGUCUACUACGGAGGAAACAGCGCGCGCUGGUAUUGGUCAAGGACGAGGGCAUAGCCACUGCGCGCUGCGCCGCCAUCCAGCUUGAUCUCGCUGAGGCUGAGAAAGCUCUGGAAGCGUUUAGGUCGAACCAG